ACAUCACGCCUCUUUAUGGGGCGCGUCUCGAAGCUUUCAUCACCCCUGAGCCAGAGGCUCUGUUUCAGACAGUCGGGGUUCUCGACAGCGACGACUGCUCCUUAUCUGCUCCUCGGGAGAGAUGUGGUCGGAAAAUCUCUUUGCGGCGGAAACGUAGUGAACCUUAACUUGUACGAUCCGAAGAAAGAAGAGCAAGUGACCAUGGAAAAUAAGAUCCUGGGCCGUGGAACCUCGCCGAUAGGAUCAUCGAGGGGAUGGCUAGCUACGAUGAAGAAACGCGAUUCCACUGUGAGCCUCAUUAACAUCUUGGACAAACCUUCGAAGACAAUCUCUCUACCUCCCUUAAUCAAAGACGAAACCGAGCGCCUCCUCAAUGUCUCUGUCUCCUCAGAGUCAGAAGAAGACUGUGUAGUCGCUGCGAGGUUUUACGGGUCUAGACUCAGUCUGUGUAGACUUGGUGACUCGGAGUGGACUCGCAUCGACGUACCUUGCCCAGACUUCCGUUUAUCUCCCGUCAUGUACUCAGACAGAGACCGGAAGUUCUACUUGAACAGUUGCAGCUCUGACUACACCGGUCCAACCGAUUUCACCUCUAAAUCUGGUUUAGUCUCUCCUCCGGUGAGUGGCUACGUGAGAUUCCCCUUGUCUAACUUUCCCAAGUUAGAUAACGCCUUGAGUCUCCAACGUAUCAAUGUCCAGCAGCAACUAGUCCAGUCUCCUUCCGGCGAGUCCUUCAUCGUUUUAUGGGCUGUGGAUUCCUUUACGAGCAAAGGAGAAGCUGUGGAAUGGGAAGACGAGAUGUUUAACCAGGACGACAUCCUCAUAAAGACUCACAAGAUCAUGGUCUUUAGGCAAGACACCGAGAAAGGCAUUGGUGCAUACACUGAAGACAUCGGUGAUCUCUGUAUUUUUGUGGGCGAGAACGAACCAUUUUGUCUCUCCGCUAGCGACUAUCCUGGUCUCAAACCUAACUCCGUCUACUUUGCUGGUCACUGCUCAGGUUACGGCGUCUGUGAUCUCGCUUCUCGCACCAUCAACUAUCUUUCUGCUUCGCCUCGUCAUCGCCUCUUUUGGCUUCCUCCAACAACAUCCCAUUCCCACAAGUAG